AUGAGAUGUGACGAAAUUAGAUUGCCAGAGACAAACAUGAUUAUAGAUGACACGUGUGAAACGCAUCAAGAAGACAUUUCACUUUUCUAUGAAUCCUGUAAUAGAGCAAUCUGUAAUGAAUGUAAAACAACAGAUCACAUAUUUCAUAAAAUAAAACAUAUAACGUUUCCAGUCCAGAAAAGGAGAAACUUUUUGCAAUCAGCAAUUAGCGCAAUUAAAUCAAAGAUCACGGCAAUAAACCAGGAGAAAGACAUUUUCAAAUUUGAAGAACAAGUUUUCUAUAAACUGUGCAGACAGGGAAAAGAAGAACUAAGAACGCAUGCAACAAGAUCAAAAGAAACUGUAUGCAAAAUAAUAGACGUUUUAGCAGAUACAAAUUUGCAAAAGAUUGAUGAAUUGCAGAAACAAGAAAUAAAAGCAAUAAAUACCCACCAAGAUGAACUUGAAACGAGGACGUUGUCUUUGCAAUGCUUGCAAAGGAGCACUGAAGACAUUGUAAACUUGAGUAGUAAUGGAAAGUUGUUUAACCAUUAUGCGUUCCUUUACCCGACAUUAACAAAAGCAAUUAAGCAGGAGAAUACAUUUACCGUGUCUAUCCCACAGUUCUGCUCUGGUAAUCCAAUCGAGCACACGUAUAUAGGAAAAUGUUUUGGCAAGGUUAUUAAACGGAAACAACACAGUGCUGCAAGUGAAUCGGAAACCCACAUUUAUUCGCUACCAUUGAUUUGCGACGUAACUAAUUUUACAAAGGUAACCUCUUUUAAUAUUCCUGACAUUGUAAGUUUAUUUGGUAUAUGCGAAAACAAGGCAUGGAUACACGUUGCUCCAAGAAAAGAUAAAUAUGUUAAACUUUAUUCUGUAAAUGAUUCAGAACCAAUUGCAACGCUUGAAGUUAAAGUUCCAGAUAAUCACCGUAUACUGCGGGCCACAGAAAAUGAACUUUGGGCAAUAAGUGGUUCUGUUUUAUGUAGGAAUACAAUAGACAAAGGCAAUGGUAUAAAAACUGAGAAGAUAGUACGUCUACAUGAAUUCGAAGACGUUACAUUUUCAUUAAUUGAUGAAAACCGUGUUGUCGCAUUUUCGAAAAACGAUAAAUGUUUUUCCGAGGUGAAGAUCGAUGGAGAUAGGCCAGUCUUUGUAAAUGAUACAACAUUUAAAACUAUUCCUGCAGAUGAUAAACUUGCUGAUCUUAUAACCACUGAACCUUUCAUGAUAACCGUAACCUUAUCAAAUAAAAUUUUACUGACGUGCAAGAACAAAGUCAUAACCGUUGACAGAAACUUUAAUUUAAACAACGUUCACGAGAACAAAGGAUCUGAUUUCAAGGGCAUCUGUGGAGAUCCGUAUGGAAAUAUAUUUAUAGUAGAUUAUAAUUUGAGCAAAAUAUGUCUGUUUAAUUCUAACGGGGAUUUUAUUCAUUAUGUGUCAAUGCGAGAAAUUAAAUAUCCAGUGUACAUUACUCGUGAUUCAGUUGGUAAUAUAUGGUGCGCUGAUAAUUUUGGAGGUCGUGUAAUGGUAUUAUCUUAUCUCUGA